AAGGCGUUUAGGGGUGGAGCCUUCCACUGGGAUGCUUACUCGAAAUAAUAGUUGUUACCGGAUGCCAGGCGUCCGCUGCGGAUUUAGGGUCACUCCAAGUGUAGCGGAACCGCUAGGACUGUCGUGCCAGAUCCCUGGUCUAGUCUGUGUCCCCUGGUGGAUUCCUAAGCUGUCUACUUGUCCUAAGCCGGAAGGAGGUGGGGUCUGGAACCAAAAGUCCCAGCCAAGCGGGGCGCAGGAACCAUGGGUGCCUGGACAUCCAGGACCCAGGUCCCGACGCCGGAGCCCGACCCCCAGGAGGCCCUGGACCUGAGCCGCCUGCCCCCGGAGCUGCUCCUGCUGGUACUGAGCCACGUGCCCCCGCGCACGCUGCUGAGGCACUGCCGCCGAGUGUGCCGCGCCUGGCGCGCCCUGGUGGACGGCCAGGCCCUGUGGCUGCAGCUGCUGGCGCGAGACCACAGCGCCGCGGGCCGCGCCCUGCAGACGCUAGCCCGCCGCUGCCUGCCCCCCGCCCGCGGAGACACGCCCUGCCCGCUGGGCCAGUUCUGCGCGCUGAGACCACUAGGACGCAACCUCCUCAGCAACCCCUGUGGCCAAGAAGGCCUGCGCAAGUGGAUGGUGCGACACGGUGGGGAUGGAUGGGUGGUGGAGAAGAACAGGAAACCUGUCCCUGGGGCCCCUUCACAGACCUGCUUCGUGACUUCCUUCAGCUGGUGUCGCAAGAAGCAGGUCGUGGACCUGGUGGAGAAGGGUCUGUGGCCAGAGCUGCUGGACAGCGGCGGUGUGGAGAUUGCCGUGUCUGACUGGUGGGGAGCUCGACAUGACAGUGGCUGUAAGUACCGUCUCUUUGUCACACUUCUUGAUGCUCACCAGAACGUCAUAGAUAAGUUCUCAGCCGUGCCAGACCCCAUAGAGCAAUGGAACAAUGAUGUCUACCUACAGGUCACCCACGUGUUCUCCAACAUCAGGAGGGGAGUACGUUUCGUGUCUUUUGAACACUGGGGCCAGGACACACAGUUCUGGGCUGGCCACUAUGGGGCCAGAGUGACGAACUCCAGCGUGAUCGUACGAGUCUGUCAGUCCUAGUCAAAAGGCUGCCGUUUUGGCAAGACAAUCUGACCGUGCCUUCGUGGAGCUGUUGGCUGGAAUCCCUCCUGAGUCAAGCACUGUACCUCCCUGGCACAGGGAACUCUGGGAUCCAGUGAAGGGUCCUGUUUGGUCUUGUCCUCAGAGUCUGGAACAUUGAAGUCCUCUGUCAGAUCCACCUGUUGCUGCUGCUUUACAGCAUGGGUGCCUGGGUGCCCAGAUGCAUAGGUGCCUGGGUGCCUGGGUGCCUGGGUGCCCGGUGCAUGCUGGUCUCGGGUCACAAGCUGCCUCUAUUUCAGUUCGAUCACCCUCUUUGGCCUGUCCCCGAUAUUGAUACCCCACCCUUUUUUGAGACAGGGCACCCCGGCUGGCUACACCCCUCCUGCCCUUAACGCUCAUGUGCUGGGACGAUGGCACACCCACACCACUCAGUUUGUGCAGUGCUGGAGAUGAGCCCAGGGUUUUGUGCAUGCCAGGCAAACAUUCUACCAUCUGAGGAACUUCCCAGCGUCCUCUCUGGUUAUGUCCUAUUUCUGCCUCAGGGACUUUCUCUGUCCCUUCCUUGACGCCGUCUACUUACGACUGGACUGAGGAUUUAUGGCUAGCGAAAUUCCAGCUUCCUGGGUAAGGAACCAAAGCUCUCUUGGCUACAACCAGGCCUCUGCAUUGAAGGGUGUCCUAGGGUAUAUCUGCCCACAGAUUUUCUCCAGACAGUUAGAAGUGCCUAGAGUCCAGGCCCUGAUCCUCAAAGAUGCCUAUAAUUGUGUAAUAUUUAAAGUUAUUUUUCAUUUUCUCAAACAAUGAGAGAAUAAUACACUGGCAAUAUCUAUCUGCCAAUCGCACUGUAAUAAACUGAUUAU